AUGUCGUCCAACCCUAAUCUUGUCAAAGCUAGGGAAGACGUGAGGCGUCUGCUUGCGUCGAAAGGCAAUCUCUCGUGGGAAGCCUUCGAUUCCGCUUUCCGGCAGAAGUACGGCCGUCGCCUCGACCCUCGCCAGUUCGGUCGCAACAGCUUGCAGCAAUUGUUGGAGGUGGAGAUGAGAGACGUGGUGAAAAUCAUUGGCUUCGAGUUUCAAGAUCCCAUUGUGACCCUACGAAGUCCAGCAGCAGUCAGCAAGCCCGUUCAAACCACCACCAGACGACAGCACCCACCACAUUCGUCUCUAGACGACAGGGCUCUUCCCAAACAGACGCACAUUGCCAGUACAUCUCAACAAAAACCUAAAACUACUACCACGUCCUUGCCCAAUAUUGCUGUUAACCAGCUCCCAUCGCGGCCUGUUCGUCCACCGGUUCGGUACAAUCCUCGCAUUUCCAGACCGCCCGUUAGUGGCGGAAACGCGCGCUACCCUUAUCAUCCCGCCUUCGUUGCGCAGCCGGAAAAUCAACCACAAGGCUCGACCUCUUCAAACCGUGGGGGUCCCAGAAAAACCCAGACGACUUUUCAUCUGAUGAAAGCACUCGAGGCGAGGGCAAAAGAUCUCGCCAGGGAAUGCAUAGCACAGCGCAAACACGUCGACUCCUAUCGCAUAUGCCAAGACCUGCUGCGAGAACGCAACGCCAAGGACUUCCAAGCCCUCGGUCUGAGCAACCAUUUAGACAUACCUUACGUCAUGGAGCUGGAGCGGCUACAACGGAGGAUUUACGAGACGAUUACGGCUUAUUGUCAAGUGAGAGCCACCUGCACGCUCCACGAAUUAGGAAAGUACCUAGCACAGAAGGAGGAGAAGGAGGAUUUCGAGGAGGUCGGGUUGGGACCGCUUCUCGACCAACCGGUUGUCUAUCAGUAUUUCAAACCGAGCCGGACUCUCGUGGAUGUGCCCGAUAUCACAACGAGAGAUGUGUUGGAGUAUCUGAGGGAUUACAUGGAUAUUAAUUACAAGUGGAGGGGACAUAUCGAAGUCAAGGAUUUCUUACAGUAUAUGGUGACGGAGAGAGGCUGCGCGAAUCCGUUCGAGCUAUGCGUUCGGGUUCCCUCUCCCGGUCUGUCUAUAUCGGUACUGAGGAAAGCGCAGCGUCGAGAAAAAGAAGAGUGGCGCCAUAUUCGAGACGAGAUUGCGCGCGAAACGACGGACAAGAUCGAACGAGAAUUGAGAUUGACCGUCCAGCAACUUCUCGGCGACACCGACAACCAGCUAAACCACAGAGAAAGAUCAAGAAUAGAAGAAAUUGCGGGGCAGCCUGCGGAAGAAAUAGUCCGUCACGUUUUCACGUUCCUCUCUCAUCGAGACAUGUUCCCUCCAUACGUCACAACAGCGAUGAGAAACUUUUUCAAUUACGUAGCACGAAACCCGUUUGCGAAAAAGUUAUUUCAGCUCGCCAUUUGCAAGGGGAGGCUCGUCGAUCCGGACGCAAACUCCAGACGAGAGCAAGAAGAAACCACGGGCAUAGCCGAGAAGGAAGUCGAACAGGAAGACGAGGAGGAAGAGGAAGAAAAAAGGGAAGUAGAACAUGCAUCCGGUGAAAGCUCAGACGACAAUGAAGAGGAGGAAUACGACGUCGAAUGGAACAAAAAACACCAUCGUCAGGUGUUUCCAGAAGGUGAGAUAGUGGCGGAGAUAAAUGCUUGGAUUAACGAAUCGGACGUGUUGAAUCUGCAACGAUUCGCUCACAUCGAAGCAAAAGUGGCGACAAAAUUUGACGCCCCCGACUUUACCGAUCUCGGUCACAAAUCGUUCCUACACUUGCUCACUCACCAUCCUGACAUUCUCAAAGUCCUCGAGAGCUCAGCCUUGCAAAUCGGUCUGCAAUCGGAGAAGACCGACAUGUCUGAUGUGGCACAAUUUAAAAAUGUUGCCAAAGAACAUGUCCACUACUUCUUACAUCAAUGUGACCUUACAAGAAGUGUUAUACAUUUGUCGCAAGCUAUUUGCGAUCAUUUUGGUGUGAUUGGGGUAGAAGAUCUCAGUCUCGGUUCCAUUUCUAAAAUCGUCCAACGAGCUAAGUCUCAACCGAGAGUCACAGCAGUUGUAUCCGCGACGGGUCAGACAUUCCCUCGUGUUUCCUAUCAGUCGGCUCUUCUUUGUGGGUCCACGCAACUGGAAUCGACCGCGAAACGAGCCACCUACUCCAAAGGCAGUCGUGUGGGUAUACUAGGGUGGCAAACCGCUGAGCGAGCCUUGCAAUGCUUAUUAACGUGUCCCAUUCUGGGUGAUCUCGCCAAAUGGUCUCAUUGGGACGACGUUUUUGCGCCCAAUCUCGGGACACUCAGAGAGUUCAUCACCAUAAAAGCGGCGAAAGUUUCCGUCUCUGGCGCUGCGAGUCUUUGUGCUCUUGAGUCUGAGCCCGAAGUUUAUCUCCGGGUCGAUCCAGAUAGUUCUGUCGACUCUCUCGAUGAAGCGACGUCGAAGGGAGAGGCAAGAACUGCAGCGGGUCACCUGGUUAGUCUUGUCAUACAAAACGGCAACGUAAGUACGGCUCCAUUGGCUCUCGUGGCCAGUCACAUGCGAACAGCCCUCGACAAGUUGGCUGCUACCGCAGGAAUGACGGACGAUUCACCAGAAUUUGGACACCAGUCGAACCGUGCCAGUGAAAAUGACAUAGAACAGCAGCCAGUUAUUCAGUUUGCCCUUCAGUUGCUUGUUCUCCUUCCUCACAAACUUGCUAUUGCCAUCGGUCGACAGGUAGUUUUAGAGCCGGUGCAUCAGAUUGUAGGUGCUGCGUUUGCUCCCAAUCUGCUGCUUGAGCAUUGCCAUACAGACGAAGAAAGGACGGCUCUACAGAAAAUUGGGAUGUCACUGGGAAUUCAAGAAUGGACUAAGGACUUUGAAUCGCGCAUUCAGAGACCGAAUACGAAGCCGAUUACGAAGACAAACAGGGAUAAACCUCAAGACGACGGGCAGCUCUUAAAUUCACAUGAAGAGAGCAAACAAGCGAGUAACGAGGGAGAGUCCCUCGUUCUGCCUGUAGAGAACAAAGAGAAACUACAACAGGACACUAUAGAUUCUGUUGAAUUGGAGGAAGAAUUGAGUGCAGACGUGACCGACUCUACCGCAUGCGACGACCAAACUGUCGCUCAACAAGACGACAGUGCACAUGAUGAAGCUAGUCCGCUUUCGUCCGUAUGCCUACAAACUGAGAGUAAAGAAGACACAACAAGAGGAGUCAUGUCCACAUUAGAAUCGUCAGUAGAUCCUCUUGAAUCAGAUUGUGUCGAUGGUGACUACUCGGACGCCUUUUGUGCUGAUGAAAGUGAAAAGUACAGCAAGGCUGUCAUCGACGAUCUCCUUCGCGAAGAGUUCGGUGUUGGUCUUCAUCUCGGACCGGAGGAAGAAAAGCUAGUGCAAAAGCAACGAUCAAGGGAGGGCAGAGGCCUUCACCGCCUGUCUAGCGAGCUCUACAGCAGAGACACUCACUUUGUACUCGAACUUGUCCAAAACGCUGAUGAUAACUCGUAUCCUGAUGAUCUCUGCGGAAAGGGAUCAGAGGGCGAUGGGUAUGAUCUCCAGCCGGCGGUCGUCUUUGUGGUCACUAAGUCUUGUGUAACUGUACUCAAUAAUGAGAGCGGUUUCCAAGAAGGACACAUUCGAGCGUUAUGCGACGUGGGACGCAGCACCAAGGGCAAGCAUAUGAAAGGCUACAUUGGUCAGAAGGGUAUUGGAUUCAAGUCGGUGUUCCGCAUUACUGACGUACCAGAGGUGCACUCCGGUAGUUUUCACAUCAAGUUUAACUCAAACAGCGGGCCACUCGGAUAUAUCUUGCCCCAUUGGAUUCCGCCAAAAGAUAGACACAACUAUGAUACAGAACUUGAAGGUAUUGAAGGGGCAGACGACAACCUGUGGACGACAAAGAUCGUGUUGCCUCUCAAGAGUGACCUAAAAGGUCACGUGAAAACCCUGGCUCCUCGUUUCCACGACGUUCAACCGUCUCUGCUGCUGUUUUUGAAUCGUCUUCGGAGCAUUACGAUCGUAGACAAGGUGAACAAGACAGAGCGACAAAUGCAGCGUAGAGACCUCCCAAACGGUCUGAUCGCUGUUCAACAUUCCUUCGGUCUUGACAGAUGGCUAGUUGUACGACGAGAACUUGAUGCCACCAAUAUGAACCGUGACGUACAAUGUACUCAGUUGGCUGUAGGAUUUCCUCUCCCUGAGGAAGACGUCCUCUCUCUAGCAUCUCCUCUGCAUCAACAGCUACCGAAGCAGAAAGUCUUUGCUUUCUUGCCUCUCCAAAGCUACGGCUUUCGUUUCAUUAUCCAAGCCGAUUUCGAAGUGCCGUCCUCUCGUGAGGCUGUAGAUGAGUCGAGCCCAUGGAACCAAUGGAUCAGAGAAGCAAUACCGCCGCUGUUUGUGGAAGCAGGAAUAGCAAAAUUUAAAGACCUUCCGGACAUGACUGCAUUGGACGCGUUCUGCAUUUUUCUCCGUUUUGUCCCGUUAGAGACAGAAAUUCAAGGAUUCUUCCAACCUGUUGCUCGCCAGAUAGUGCAGCUUCUCAAAGCUUCGAAAUGCUUGCCCGUCCAAACACAUCACAACAUAGGAAACGACCUUACAGCCGACGAAGACGAAGACUCGUUAACAUGGGCUCAGCCAGCUCAAGUUGUUAUUGCAAGAGACAGGUUGGUGUAUGAUAUCCUCCCAGCUGACAUCCUCAGAACUCAAUUGGACUUGUAUUAUCUCGAACCCAAAGUAGUUGAAGUUCUAAAUCCUGCUCUUGCUGAGAGCCUUGGUGUUUAUCCACUGUUGACUCAUCACCUCAUCAAAGUUGCACAAGCUGUAUGUGCUAUGAACAUGAACACCAACAGACCAGAAUCAAAUAGCUUGUCGGUUGUUUGGGUGGCUAAAUGGAUGGUGUGUCUGGACCGCGCCAUCAUUAGUGAGUACAAGAGCAGCAGCGAGUUUCGUGACAGCCUGAAGGAACUGCCAAUAGUCCAGCUGAACAAUGGAAAGUUUGUUUCCCUUAAUGGUGAACCGGUCUUUUUCCCCAUUGAAGACAGGGGUAAAAAGAAUCGACCUACUAGAUUGAAGUGUAUUGACAACAUUCACGGAGACAUGAACACGGUAUCAAGGCAGCUACUGAAAUGUCAGAAAGAGGCAGAAAACACGGUCGUACGUAAGCUGUUAGAAGAGAUAGGAGUGAAGGAUCUCAGUGCACGAGAAGUCAUUCAAAAUCACAUCAUACGGGUGCUAGAAAGUGACGAAUGGCAGUGUAAAUCAACUAGUCUGUUAGCUGACUACUUGAUCUUCAUUAAAGAAAACUUUGCUGCUGACCCUUUGUUACAGUCAUCAUUAAUGAAGCAGGUAAAGCGGUGUGCGGUGCUAGUUACAAAUCAAGGGCCAAUACGAGCAAACGACGAGAUCAUACACUUCAGUAGAGAUUUCUACACAGGAGAAGACAAAAUGGACUUACAACAUCAAUUUCCAGAAGUAAAAUGGAAGAUUAUUGACAAAAUUUAUUUGGAAAGAGCUACUAGUCCUAAUGCAGAUCAACUUGGCUCUUGGACUACUUUUCUUAGAGAGCUCGGUGUGAAGGACAGCCUUGCAAUUAGAGAAGUAACUUGGUCUUUUACACGAGAGGAACUGGCUACAUCUCACUGGUCUGAUGAAUCGAAAGAGUGGCCUGAUGCUCCAGACGGUCAGUACAAAGUUAGAGAUUACACAUGCCCUGAGUUCUUGACUGUAGUCAAGUCUGCACAACCUCUCUCGGAAAAAGACAAGCUUAGUCGCAUGCGUCGACUAUUUGAACUACUUUACAACUGUUGGGAUGACCUGUAUGAGAGAGCUAUCACCACUUAUGUAUUAAGUUCGAGUGACGAAUUAGUUAGUAAAGCACAAUCGUCAUUUCAAAGAGAGCUGCUAACAACAGCGUGGAUUCCAACAAUACCCAACCAAGAGCAAAGCUCUGGUAAACAACCCCGUGCUCUUCUCUGCCGAUCAUCUGAGCUGUUCUUGUCUGAAAAGAAAACUACUCAACUGCUUCAUUGCCACGUAAAUUAUGUAGAUGUAGAAGCACAGUCCGUCAGUUCUAAGAACAAGUUCAUUCAAGCACUAAAAUUGAAGACGUGUGAGUUAUUGAACGUAAAUUUCAUGCAAGAAAUGCUUCUAAAAUGGUCUGGUUCCACCCAAAAUGGCGGACAAAUCAAACGAAAACUGUUCAAGACUUCUCUUUCCCACAUGAAGUCAGUCUAUCUUCAUAUCCUCGGUUCGGUGUUACGUUCAGAAUUUGGUACGCUUCGCGAAUUUUUUCUUAAGAACACCGCCAUCUUUGUGCCUCACCGGUCAGAGAUCCAGAAAAUAAAAGAUCCUGAUGUGUCAGUAGAAGGCACUUUCUUUAGACUUGAUGAAGUAUGCGAGGAAGACCCUACUCCUGGUGAAGUCAUUUCCAAAGUUCAACAAACUUGCCAAGGCAUUGUUCCGGGACCUCAACUUCUAAAAAAAGCCUAUUCGUGCCUAAAGAAUAAUGGAUGUCCCGAACUAAUCGAAACGUUCCAAAGUAUUCAAAUUCCGUCUACACCAAAUACUCGGUCUUACAUAGAAUUGAUGGACUACUUAUCCAAAUCUGUGUCUUCACCUAACGAUUCCACUGUGCGACAACUGCAGGCUUUCUACAUAGAAGUAGCGCAAAAUAUGAAGCGGACCGCUCGCAAUGAAGCUUGGACAAAGGCAACCAAAAUUAACCCUAAUCUACCACCAACAAUUGAAGCAUUCAGAAAGUCUAGGGAAGACCGUGACGUAGACGUUGCUCUUUACACUGCCAAUGUUCAUCCUACUGUUUUGGAAAAUGCAGACGCAACUGUUGUCAAAGAAACUGUGCAGAAGAAGAAGCUAUUUGCGUCUACCAAGAACAUUUGGGUAUCAACUGAAGAGUUUCUAUUGAUCAACGACGAUGAAACUGUGGCGAGAUUGUUCGAGUCUUGUGCAAAUUUAUAUUUUCUGUACAUAGCGCCUGAAGAUGACUUGGUGGCAACGGCCACCAGAUCAAGAGCGCAUGAUGCAAUAACGCGCAACAGGGAACAUGCAGACAGUCACUUUGGACACCAACGAGCAAGCAACCGCGUCUACUACAAUGCUCCACGAACCCAGAAAGCUUUCGCCCCACAAAUCGACGAAGAACGAAUGACAAGAAUCUACACAUUUAUGAAAUGCUGCGGUAUCCGAAGGCUGUCAGAAAGUCUUGGAAAACAAGCCCUUUAUGAUACAUGCUCGCCCUGCUCUAUUCUGCAACGUCAUGUGAGCAAAGUUGUACCCCACAUUCAAAAGUAUAUUUUCACGGAAGAUCGUCAAAUCUAUAGCAGCCUGGUAGAUGAAGGAAUAGCGGAAAAGCUACAGAGUAUGCAGUUUCUGACUACCUCUGGCCUCAAUGUGAUGUACACCUUGGACAAACUUAAUGUUCAAAGUAAGAAGGUAGAACGAGCGUGCGUUCUAUCAAAUCAAGAACUUUUGGUUGUCUCACAAAAAGCAUGGGAUGACCCAAACAGAUACCAAACCAUAAACUGUGAGUUAGCAACUUUGUUUUUGCGUCCAACACACAGUCAGUUUGAAAACUUCGUUGACUUUAUUGAGUGUGUCACAACAAGAUUGGAAAACAAAGAAGAGCUAAAAACAUUCCUUAGAAGCCAAGACCUCCAGAAGCUACCUGAUACAGAAGCAAAAUGGCAUGUACCUGACCCAAGAGCAGAAACGAAAGCCGAAGAAAGUACUAGCGAUGAAGAAGAAACCGAUGACGAAAGACCUGAAACCAAACCGCUACCUCCACUUCCACCGCUCAAAGACAAACCGCUCCAUAAGCGUGAUGACGGUGGUGAACUGAAGAGUGGCCCAAAGGGUCUUAGAGGCGGUGGACUUAAAAGCUGGCCACCACACUCAUCCACUCUUCCUCCUAAAGACAAGACCGAACCGCGCACUUUGGGAGAUAGACAGCAACAAGAGUGGAAUAUCCCGUCCCCACCAGCAGGACGGAGGGCUCCCAAAGAGGGCAACAGUGAUGAAACAGUGACUAAACGCAACAGCCGCAGAGUCGACAGCAGCAAUGCACAACAGCAAGAAAACAAGGCAAACAAUACUAGCACAACAGCACCCACAGCUGUGGUGAGUGAUGACGCCUAUAAUGAGGAAACACCUUCAGCAUCUUUCCCUACCAACACUGAGAAUGUAAACACACAUCUCCAGCAAACCCUAUUACAACCAAACCCUCUCUAUCCAGGACAAUACCCCGGCUACCCAGGCGCACCACUAGGUCAAGGCUCCUUUCUUCCUCCUCUGUUCUAUCGUCCACCAACAGCCAGUGCUCUGUCUGAGCUACCACGCUUCUUUCCACCACCAACCACACCAAUACAAUUCGAACCAGUUGCUGUAGCAGGACAACUUCAACUUCCAUCAUCCAUAAUGCUGAGCAGCCAAUCAUCAGUUCAAGAAAUCGGAAACUUUGGAGAAGAAUUAGUCUACCUCUAUCUGCAAAGACAGAAAGAGCAAGGCUUGCUUCAGUACAAUCGUCAAGACGACUGCACUGUGUCUGUCGACUGGGCCAACAAAGAAGGCGAAAGCGGCCAACCGUUUGAUAUCCAAGUCACGUUUUCUCUGCCAGGCCAAUUGACAUCGAAAUCAUUCUACAUCGAAGUGAAAACCACCACGUCACAAGACAAGGGCAUCUUCGAGAUAUCCAGCAAACAACUAAGCUUUGCACAACAACAACAAGACACCUACCACCUCUACCGAGUAUUCAAUGCCGGAAAGCAUACAAUACAAUUAUUCAGGCUGCAAAAUCUAGCCCACCACCUUAACACACACCAAGUCAAGCUGUUUAUGGUCAUUUGAGUCAAUUCUAUUGAGCACAGAAAUUAUAGUUCAGCGAGUUUCACAUGCAUUGUCUAGCUUUUUUACUGCACUUAGCUGGUGUAUUUUACUUGUCGAUUUAUGUGUAUUUGGUAGUCACUCUUGUAGUGUCAAUAUGUCAUGUGUUCAAUGCAACUGUGUAUGCAGAUUCUGCUGCUCUUGUCUAGAGGCUUGAUAAACGCUGAGAUGUACAAUCUCUGUUACUCAUUGUAUGAAUGAAUAAAUAAAUUAAUGAAA